CACACACAGACACAUUCAUUCUUACAUAGCCAAGCCACCCAGUGAUAGUUGUUACAUGCGCCGAUGAAUAAUCUUAAAGUGUUUGAUCUCAAGUUCAACUUCUCCCCGCAGAUGACAACCGACGUAUCAGCAGCACCGGAGGAUCAUUCCAGAAGAUCAGAGCCGAUGAAAAGAAAUGUUAGGUGCGAUUACCAUCAGCAGCGGGCCGUUACUCCAUGUAGUUUCCUUGAAAACACACCGAUUCCGGCAACCCAUGCAAAGGUGAAGAAGGACAAGUUUGGAGAACGAAUUGCCACCCUUCAACACAUGGUCUCACAUUAUGCCAAGGAAACACCCUUGUGUUUUAGAGAAGAAGAGGCUCCAGUGCAAAGUGGAAACAUGUCAGAAGCUCAGAGGAUGCCUUUAAACGGGAGUUUCAAUUACGGCACCGGUAACAUUAACGGGGGGAUUUCGUUGAGGUCUUCUGCAAGUAGAUCCGCCAUCGAUGAGUUUUGUUAUGCACUUGGUGGAAAUAGGCCCAUUCACAAUAUUUUAGUUGCAAAUAAUGGAAUGGCGGCUGUAAAGUUUAUAAGAAGUGUGAGAACAUGGAGUUAUGAAACAUUUGGUUCAGAAAAAGCUAUUUUAUUGGUAGCCAUGGCUACUCCAGAAGAUAUGAGGAUAAAUGCUGAGCAUAUUAGGAUUGCUGAUCAGUUUGUUGAAGUCCCCGGCGGUACAAAUAAUAAUAAUUAUGCUAAUGUGCAACUCAUUGUAGAGACGGCUGAGAUUACACAUGUUGAUGCUGUUUGGCCUGGUUGGGGUCAUGCAUCUGAAAUCCCUGAACUACCAGAUGCAUUGGAGGCUAAAGGAAUUAUAUUUCUUGGCCCUCCUGCUUUAUCUAUGUCCGCCUUAGGAGAUAAAAUCGGUUCUUCUUUGAUUGCACAAGCGGCUUCUGUACCAACACUUCCAUGGAGUGGUUCUCAUGUGAAAAUUCCUGUGGAAAGCUGUUUGCGCACAAUCCCAGACGAUGUAUAUAGAAAAGCUUGUGUGUAUACAACUGAAGAAGCAGUUGCUAGUUGUCAAGUUAUUGGUUACCCAGCUAUGAUUAAGGCAUCAUGGGGUGGAGGUGGCAAAGGCAUAAGAAAGGUUCAUAAUGACGAAGAAGUGAAGGCCCUUUUCAAGCAAGUUCAAGGUGAAGUACCCGGUUCUCCUAUUUUCAUAAUGAAAGUUGCUUCCCAGAGCCGGCAUCUAGAAGUCCAGCUACUAUGUGAUCAGUAUGGCAAUGUAGCAGCUUUACAUAGUCGUGAUUGCAGUGUUCAAAGGCGACAUCAAAAGAUUAUCGAGGAGGGGCCAAUAACUGUAGCUCCACCUGAGACAAUAAAGAAGCUUGAGCAAGCAGCAAGAAGAUUAGCAAAAUCGGUUAAUUAUGUUGGAGCUGCCACUGUAGAGUAUUUGUACAGUAUGGAAACUGGGGAUUAUUACUUUUUGGAGCUUAAUCCUCGUUUACAGGUGGAGCAUCCCGUGACUGAGUGGAUAGCAGAAGUUAAUCUACCUGCAGCACAAGUUGCGGUUGGAAUGGGAAUUCCACUUUGGCAAAUUCCAGAAAUUAGACGCUUUUAUGGGAUGGACAAUAGUGGAGGUUAUGAUGCUUGGAGAAAAACAUCGGCCCUUGCAACCCCUUUUGACUUUGACCAAGCAGAGUCAGUUAGACCGAAGGGUCAUUGUAUUGCUGUUCGUGUAACAAGUGAGGAUCCAGAUGAUGGUUUUAAGCCUACCAGUGGGAAAGUACAGGAGCUAAGUUUUAAAAGCAAGCCAAAUGUUUGGGCAUACUUUUCUGUCAAGUCUGGAGGAGGCAUUCAUGAAUUCUCAGAUUCUCAAUUUGGUCAUGUUUUUGCAUUUGGAGAGUCAAGACAAUUGGCUAUUGCAAAUAUGGUUCUUGGGCUGAAGGAAAUCCAAAUUCGUGGCGAAAUCCGUACUAAUGUUGAUUAUACAAUCGAUCUGUUACAUGCUCCGGAUUAUAGAGAAAACAAAAUACAUACGGGGUGGUUAGAUAGCCGAAUUGCAAUGCGGGUUAGAGCAGAAAGGCCCCCAUGGUAUCUCUCGGUAGUUGGCGGAGCGCUUUAUAAAGCUGCUGCUAGAUGUGCCGCCAUGGUAUCGGAUUAUGUUGGUUAUCUUGAAAAGGGUCAAAUCCCUCCAAAGCAUAUAUCGUUGGUCAACUCUCAAGUUAUUUUGAAUAUAGAGGGUAGUAGAUACACGAUUGAUAUGGUGAAAAGAGGACCCGGAAGUUAUAGAUUGAGAAUGAAUCAAUCUGACAUUGAAGCAGAAAUACAUACUCUACGUGAUGGGGGUUUAUUGAUGCAGUUGGACGGAAAUAGCCAUAUUAUAUACGCAGAGGAAGAAGCAGCCGGUACACGUCUUCUGAUUGAUGGAAGAACUUGCUUGCUUCAGAAUGAUCACGAUCCUUCCAAAUUGGUGGCUGAAACACCAUGCAAGCUUCUAAGAUAUUUAGUUCCAGAUGGUAGCCAUGUUGAUGCUGACUCACCUUACGUUGAGGUGGAAGUUAUGAAGAUGUGUAUGCCACUUCUUUCACCGGCUGCUGGAGUUAUACAAUUCAAAAUGUCUGAAGGUCAAGCGAUGCAGGCUGGUGAGCUUAUAGCAAGGCUUGAUCUUGACGACCCUUCAGCUGUACGAAAAGCAGAGCCCUUUCAUGGAAGCUUUCCUGCUCUGGGCCAGCCAACCGCCAUUUCAGACAAAGUUCAUCAGAAAUGUGCUGCAACUCUAACUGCUGCCAGAAUGAUUCUUGCAGGAUAUGAUCACAAUAUUGAUGACGUUGUACAAAACCUGCUUCUUUGUCUAGAUAGUCCUCAGCUUCCUUUCCUUCAAUGGCAAGAAUGCUUUGCGGUUCUAGCAAAUCGACUCCCGAAAGAUCUACGAAACAAGUUGGAAUCGAAGUUUAAGGAGUAUGAAGGAGUUUCCACCCAGCAAGCAAUCGAAUUCCCUGCCAAAGUGUUACGCACCAUUCUAGAAAGCCACCUUGGAUCUUGCUCAGAGAAAGAGAAAGUUGCCCAAGAAAGACUCAUUGAACCGUUAAUGAGUCUUGUUAAGUCCUAUGAAGGUGGUAGAGAAAGUCAUGCACGUGGGAUUGUUCAAGCACUUUUUGAAGAAUAUUUAUCCAUCGAAGAAUUAUUUAGUGACAAUAUUCAGGCUGAUGUUAUUGAACGUCUUCGACUCCAAUACAAGAAAGAUCUCUUAAGGGUUGUGGACAUUGUGAUUUCUCAUCAGGGUGUUAAGCGUAAAAACAAGCUGAUACUAAGAUUGAUGGAGCAUUUGGUUUACCCUAAUCCGGCAGCUUAUAGAGAGAAACUCAUACGGUUUUCUACACUCAACCACACCAAUUAUUCUGAGUUGGCAUUGAAGGCAAGUCAAUUGUUGGAACAAACAAAACUAAGCGAACUUCGUUCAAGUAUUGCUAGAAGUCUUUCUGAACUAGAAAUGUUUACGGAAGAAGGUGAAAAUAUCGAUACCCCCAAAAGAAAAAGUGCAAUGAAUGAAAGAAUGGAAGAUAUUGUGAGUGCUCCGUUGGCAGUGGAAGAUGCUCUUGUUGGUCUGUUUGACCAUAGUGAUCACACCCUUCAAAGGCGUGUUGUUGAGACUUAUGUUAGAAGAUUAUAUCAGCCGUAUCUUGUCAAGGGGAGUGUUAGAAUGCAAUGGCACAGGUCCGGGCUUAUUGCUUCAUGGCAAUUCAUUGAAGGGCAUAUUGGGGAUUUUGAUAAUGAAACGAUUGACAAGAAAUGGGGAGCUAUGGUUAUCAUUAAAUCUCUCCAAUUUUUGCCCGAUGUCAUCAAUGCAGCACUUAAAGAAACCACUCAUGCUACAACUCAAAAUGGAAAUAUGAUGCACAUCGCCUUGGCCGGCAUCAACAACCAAAUGAGUCUGCUUCAAGACAGUGGGGAUGAGGAUCAGGCUCAAGAGAGAGUCAACCGCUUGGCAAAAAUACUUAAAGAUAAAGACGUAAGUUCCAGUCUGAAAAACGCAGGAUAUCAAGUUAUAAGUUGUAUAAUACAAAGAGAUGAAGGUAGGGGCCCAAUGAGACACUCCUUCCAUUGGUCAGAAACUAAUCAUUAUUAUAUCGAAGAGCCAUUGAUGCGCCACCUGGAACCUCCAUUAUCCAUUUAUCUUGAACUGGAUAAACUUAAGGGGUAUGAGAACAUAAAAUACACUCCGUCCCGUGACAGACAAUGGCACAUGUAUACAGUCGAUGCAAAACCACUUCCUUUUCAAAGAAUGUUUCUUAGAACACUUGUAAGACAACCGACAAAAGAAUUGUUUUCACCCUCCGGUUACCAAGAUUCAGAAGUUGCGGGGGGUCCACGGUCUCAGUUGACUCUAUCUUACACAUCAAGGAGUAUCUUGAGAUCUUUAGUGACUGCUAUGGAAGAAUUGGAACUUCACGUUCAUAAUGCUACUGUUAAGUCUGAUCAUGCUCAUAUGUACCUCUAUGUGUUGAAGGAACAACAAAUCAACGAUCUUGUUCCAUUCUCAAUGAGAGUGGAUGUAGAUUCCGGGGUCGAAGAGGGUGUGGUAGAGGCACUUUUAGUGAAGUUGGCUCGUGAAAUUCAUUCUAUGGUUGGUGUAAAAAUGCACCGAUUAGGUGUUUUUGAGUGGGAGAUUAAGCUUUGCAUGGCCUCUUCUGGUCAAGUCAAUGGUGCAUGGAGGGUUGUGGUCAACAAUGUGACUGGUCAUACCUGCAUUGUACACGUGUAUAGGGAAGUUGAAGAUCCUGUUAAACAAAAGGUGGUUUAUCAUGCUAUCUCAACAUCAGGCCCGUUACAUGGUGUACCUGUCAACACACCUUCUCAGCCUUUGAAAUUACUUGAUCAAAAACGUCUUUUGGCUAGGAAAAGUAACACUACUUACUGCUAUGACUUUGCCCUGGCGUUUGAAGCAGCCCUUGAGAAUAUAUGGUCAUCGAAACUCCCUAAUAAUAGCAGCAGGCCUGAAGGUAAACUUGUAAAGGCGACUGAACUCAUGUUUGCUGACCCUGGAGGCUCAUGGGGUACACCACUUGUACCAGUAAACCGUGAGCCAGGCCAAAAUAAUGUGGGCAUGGUGGCUUGGACCAUGGACCUCUGCACACCCGAGUUUCCUCAUGGACGGACAAUUUUGGUAGUGGCAAAUGAUGUCACCUUUAGAAAUGGGUCAUUUGGCCCAGUUGAGGACGCGUUUUUUGAGGCUGUCACUGAUCUGGCUUGCACCAAGAAACUGCCCCUAAUCUACCUGGCGGCAAACUCCGGUGCCCGUAUCGGGGCGGCUGAGGAGGUCAGAUCUUGCUUUAGAAUUGGGUGGUCUGAUGAAUCAAACCCCGAUUCGGGGUUCCAGUAUUUGUACCUAACCCCCGAAGAUUAUACUCGUCUUAAAUCGUCGGUAAUCGCACAUGAAAUGAGUCUCGAAAGUGGUGAAACGAGAUGGAUAAUUGAUACAAUUGUGGGAAAAGAAGAUGGAUUAGGGGUUGAGAAUUUAAGCGGUAGCGGGGCGAUUGCUGGUGCGUAUUCCAGAGCGUAUAAAGAAACUUUUACAUUGACAUACGUGACGGGAAGAACAGUAGGGAUUGGUGCUUAUUUAGCUCGUUUAGGUAUGCGGUGCAUACAACGCCUUGACCAGCCGAUUAUUUUAACUGGGUUUUCAGCCCUAAACAAGCUUUUGGGCCGAGAGGUUUACAGCUCACAAAUGCAACUCGGUGGGCCAAAAAUUAUGGGGACAAACGGUGUUGUUCAUUUAACGGUUUCUGACGAUCUUGAAGGUGUUUCGGCCAUCUUGAAUUGGUUGAGUUUUGUUCCGCCUUACGUAGGUGGCCCGCUUCCUGUUUUAGCACCUGUGGACCCUGUGGACCGGCCCGUGGGGUACCUGCCUGAGAACUCAUGUGACCCCCGGGCGGCUGUUUGUGGGAUGUUGGACGGAAAAUGGGUUGGUGGGAUUUUUGAUCGAGACAGUUUUGUGGAGACGUUAGAGGGUUGGGCGAGGACGGUGGUUACAGGCCGGGCCAAACUCGGUGGGAUCCCAGUUGGAGUUAUUGCUGUCGAGACGCAAACGGUGAUGCAGAUUAUACCUGCGGAUCCUGGGCAGCUUGAUUCACAUGAACGGGUAGUCCCACAAGCUGGACAGGUGUGGUUCCCGGACUCUGCUAGUAAAACGGCUCAAGCUAUAAUGGAUUUUAACCGAGAAGAGCUCCCUCUUUUCAUUAUGGCCAACUGGCGGGGGUUUUCGGCCGGUCAACGUGACCUUUUUGAAGGUAUUUUACAAGCGGGAUCGACAAUUGUUGAGAAUCUUAGAACGUAUAAACAGCCUGUUUUCGUUUACAUCCCAAAAACCGGUGAACUUCGUGGUGGUGCUUGGGUGGUUGUGGAUAGUCGGAUUAAUUCAGACCAUAUAGAAAUGUAUGCAGAAACCACCGCCAAAGGAAACGUUCUUGAACCCGAAGGAAUGAUUGAAAUCAAAUUCCGAAAUAAAGAGUUGUUAGACUGUAUGACCCGACUCGAUCCACAAAUCCAUAAUCUUAAAGAAAAACUUAAAGAAUCCAAAUAUGAUCAAACAAUCGCCAACCAGAUAAAAGCCCGUCAGAAACAGCUUUUGCCAAUUUACACUCAGAUCGCCACAAAGUUCGCUGAGCUUCAUGACACAUCGUUCCGAAUGGCUGAAAAAGGGGUGGUAAAAAAGGUGGUUGACUGGACAGUUUCUCGGUUUUUCUUCUACAAAAGGCUCCGGCGCAGGCUGGCAGAGGCUUCUUUAAUAAGUAGCAUGCAUGAGGCUGCGGGUGACAUGCUGUCCUACAAGUCGGCUUAUGAUAUGAUUAAAAAAUGGUUUUUGGAGACCAAAGGCGAACAAGAGUCAUGGCUUGAUGAUGAUGCUUUUUUCACAUGGAAAGAUGACCCAAAGAAUUACACCCACAAGUUGAGUGAGUUACGUACACACAAGGUUACGAAUCAGUUAUUAAAGAUUGGUGGUUCAGCGUCGGAGCUGGAAGCUUUGCCGCAGGGCCUCGCUGCACUUCUGCAAGAGGUGGAUCCGGCGACCAAAAGUAAAUUGAUUGAACAACUCCGGGGGGUUCUUGGGGCGAAUUGAGAAGUGUACAUUAUGACCGAUGAGUGUGAAUUAUAUCGAGAGUUUACAUACUUUUCAUAAUUUGUACUCCCAUUUCUUACUAUCCUAACUAAUUUAAAUCAAUACACCAUUUUCCGAACUUU